GUUCCUGUUGCAUGUAAAUCAUGUCCCUGUGGCUACAUAUUUAUUAGUCGAAAACUCUUGCAUGCUAAACGUGCUGAGAGAUCGCCACCCAUCACAGAAAAUAAGAAUGAGGCCAAAAGGAGACGAACAGAGAGAGUUAAGCGAGAGAAGAUAAACUCUGCAGUAAAUAAAGACUUAGAAAACCGAAAAAGAUCCAGGUCUAACAGCCAUUCAGAUCAUAACAGACGAGGAAGAGGAAGACCUAAGAGUGCCUCAUCCAAAAAACACGAAGAAGAAAGAGAGAAACAAGAAAAAGAAGUUGACAUGUAUGCUAACCUUUCAGAUGAAAAGGCCUUUGUAUUUUCAGUGGCCUUGGCGGAAAUAAACAGAAAAAUUAUCAAUCAAAGACUUAUUCUGUAACUUGUAAGCACAAUCUGAUGCAUUUAUAUGCAGAUUGCUAGUGUAUUUGCAAGGUGUCACGGACUCUCUCAGAAAGUGUUUUGUCUGUAACGACAAGGACCAUGGUAUUUCCUUUUAAAAUUCUGCUGCUGUUCUUGGAAAUCUGUCUCUACAAGUCAGAAAGAAAGUGUUCACAAGAAUGUGUUAUGAAAAAUCAUAAAGCAGAUGUUUUACGCCUCGAAGACAAAUGCACAGAGAGACUGCACCCAUUCCAGAGCACUUCUUUUAAAUUUACUGCCAGAAAUGCAAUAUUUUAAAUAUUUUCAGAAAUAAAUGAUUUUCCUUUAAAAUUAUAUAUUUCAGAUUUUUCAGCUAUAUUGCAGUUUAUGUAUGUAUAGUUCACAUAACUUUUUAAUAAAUUGAUACUCCAAUAUUUUAUUGA